CUGAUCCACAGUGGGAAAUGUGCUGACACACAGCAUGAAGAAAAUAUUCAAUUUCAAGAAAAAGAAGGGCUCCCCCAGCCCUUCUGAGACAGGGAGCGUGUUGUCAGCCAGCUAUGAUGUGAAGGAGAAGGACCUCGGGAAGGUGCACAAGGCUGCAUGCAGUGGAGAUGUGGCCAAACUCAGACAGCUGGCCAAAAAGAAUGAUUUGAAUCAGCUGGAUAAGGAAAACAGAACUGCACUGCAUAUCGCUUGUGCCUGUGGACACACAGAUGUGGUUCAGUUUUUGGUGGAGAACAAAGUGAAGCUAAACUUAUGCGACAAUCAGAACCGCUCCGCCUUAAUGAAGGCAGUACAAUGUGAGCAGGACCGCUGCGUGUCUUUGCUCUUGGAGCAUGAGGCUGACCCCAACCCUGUGGACAUCAAUGGAAACACGGCACUGCACCUGGCCGCCCGCAUCCCCUCCCCAUCUAUGGCACUGCAGCUCUUAGAGCACUCGGCCAACAUCAAUGCUAAGAACAAGGAUGGUAACACACCUCUGAUGCUAGCUUUGAUGGAAAACCACCCAGACAUGACAGAGCUUUUACUGAAAGAGGGAGCAGAUGUUAAUGUGAAGAACCAGGAGCAACGGUCUGCGUUGAUGAUUGCAGCAUGCAAUGGACAAAUCAGUAUGGUGCGUUUGCUUCUGCAAUAUGAUGCUGACAUCAUGGUGAAAGACGACAAGGGAUGGUCUUCUGACGAUUAUGCCAUCAUGAAUGGACACCAUGCCUGUUCACAUUUGAUCAUCGAGCAUGGAACAAAGAGAAAAUCUCUGCAGUCUCCGUCCCAUUUAGCUGCCGACAAAAAGAACCGGGGGUCCAUUCUGGGAAGUGCCAGCAGUUUUGGGGUCGGUUUGCCUCUAGGAUUACCAGCUCUGGAUAAAGAUGCAGCAGGAGGCUUCUCUGCAACAGCAGGGAAAGAUACCGAGGACAGUUCCCACACAGACUCCAUUAGCAGGGCAUCAAAAAGUGGUGUUGCCGAUUCCUGGCCUUCAUCAGAAGAGGAUGAUGAGUUAGAUUUGAGUCCAAAGAAACCAAAAGUGAACUUAAAGAAGCUUAUAAGCACCUCUAAAAGGGAAAAGAUAGAGGUCAUUGCCAAUCGGGAUGCAGAUAAAUCCUGGAGCGGAUCAGAGUCCGAGCCAGACAGUGAAGGCGAGGCUGCAAAGUACCCACCGCUUUCCAGACCUCACCCCUUCAGCAGCUCCUCCACCCAACCCCCUGUAGCGCCCUCACCCGCCUCUUUACCCCACCCACCCCAGAUGAGCUCCAUCUACCUCAGCAGCACCCUUAAGGAGGAAGCCUCCACAGAGGAUGAAAAAGAGGAGGAUGGAGAAGAAGAAGAAGAGGAGGAGGAGGAGGAGAAGAAGAAGAAGAAAGGACUAGAUAAAAUGUGUGAAAAGGCUAAAGAUCCUCAAAAUGUUAGAACUUCAAAAGGAAAUGAAAGGGAUUUUCUUUCAGAGUUAGGCCUUGAGAAGGAAGAUGAAAAUGACGAUUCCCCUUGGGAUUCAGAGUCUGGUUCUGAGAGCCUAAGGAAAAAUCAGCAGAGUAGUCCACACAAUCAGGCCAAAUCACAUAGAUCCAUGACCAGUAUUUGUGAGGAGAAUCUUGAAGUUUUAAGAAAUGAUGAGGAUGAUGAGAAAGAGACGGAAACAGCAAUAUUGCCCAAAGUGAUGAAAAGGGAGCCAGUGUCUGUUCUUAGUAAGCUGAUGGAUUCAAAGGAAGCUGAUAAGAAAACGGACCUGAUGGAAGAACUUGGUUUGGGAGAUGCUGAUGAUCUUGAAGAUGCUUCGGAUUGGGACUCCGCCAGCAUCACCAGUAAGGCCAGUAAGAACUUUCCAGUUUAUAAGCUGGAGGAAGAACCCCUCUAUAAAAACCCAGCUGCUCCUAUGCUACCCAUCACACCCCAGGUGCACGACAUAGACGCCGGAGAACAUAAAGAAGCAAGUCCAGAGAGAAGCAAACCCACAACCACACCACCUCUACCUACUCCACGAUUUCUAAAUCCAAAUGCCAGGUCAAAGCCGCGACCAUCGCUACGACUGUACCUAGACUCAAACCAAAGACCGGAGAGUGAAGAAUCAGACUGGGAUACAGACAACUCCAGUCCAGCCAAGAUAACAAAUUCACUGCCAAAUAUCACUGAACUUGAUGCAGCGGAUGAGGUUGAUGGUGACAGCAGUUCUGACGCAAGUGAACAUUCAGAUCAGGCAAGAGAGGCAUUACACGCAUCUUCAAUAUAUGUAAGUACCCCGUAUAACCAUGACACGUUGGAGCUCCCAACCUCUCCUGGAGAUGAGGUGAGGAGAGAUGGGGAGAAUGAGGAGAAUGCUAGUGAGGUUUCCUGGGAGGAUCGUUAUGAGAACAUUUGGGUGGAGAACGAAAAGAAGGAAACCAAAUCCCAAUACAGAAAUGUGGCUGCUGAACUUCAGGAGCGAUUUGGAGAACUGGAACACAAGGAUCCAGGUGACCAUUCUGAACAGGAACGAACAGAAGGACAUCAAGGUGAUGGGGAGGUAGAGGUGGAAGCUUCAGAAGUGAAGGAGGCAGAUGAUGAAGACUCCAGUGAGGAAGAGAGGGAGCCAAUAGUGCAUCCCACAGCCCGGGUGAGAAGUGCCUUACUUUUGCCCAUACCUGAGCAGAGAGAGUCAGGCCUGGAGGACUCGCAGUCCGAGGAACCUUCCAAAACUGCACAACACACAGUUAGUGUUAAUGUCAGCGAUGCAGAACUUUAUCAAUACAACCAUUCAAAAGAUCAACAUGGCCCUCACAUCCAAGAACCAAUCAGGGAUGAGGUCUCAGAUCAGGGAGAUUUCUCCACUUGUAGCAGAAGCAAAGAAAAUGAUGGUGAUGCCAGUAGGAGUCACCCAGAAUCUGGAUGUGACUUAGAUGUUAAACCUGAAGAAGCCAAGGCUAACGGAGGUCUAUUGCUUCUAGCUAGUCAGCAGGUCCCACCUAAAAUUCUGGAAGUGUCCUCUUCCAACUCUGAAGAGGUUGAGGAGGGUCUAUCAAAGUCCAGACAUGAGGGUGAGAAAGAGAAGGCCAGUGAUAUGAGGGGAGAAUCUCAAAGUUGUGCUUUCUGGGAUAUUGGAGAAUCCAGAGAACGAGCCGAACUUGACCAAGGAAAAGGAAGGAAAAUUGACACCAACUCUGGCAACCCAAAACCUCAACAGGAAGGGAUGGUUGAUGUCAGAUCAUUGGGAAAAGAGGGUAGUAGAAGAUCAAGAAGCACUGACAGACCACCAGCAUGUGGUGAGGAAGAUGAGGAGAAAAAGAAAACUGUAUGUAGCCAAGCGAGAAAUCUCCAUGUAGUUGCCCCCCAACAGAACAAAUCCUCGCGACCUGCCGUCCACCAUAAUGGAGACCUUGAGUCUGUCUUUGACGACAGUACUUUAAGUGACCUGUCGGAGGAGGAUAGGAGGUCUCCAUCUUCAAGGCAUAAGAAAGAGCAGACUGCUGGAGAGUUGGAGAUGGCAGAUGAUUUUGAAGAUCUCACCCAAUCUUCUGACACAGCCACAGAAGAGCUGGACUCUCCAGUAUCUGGAUUCCGCAACGCUUCUCUGCUCUUCAAACAGCUCGACUCAAGCUAUCUAGACUCUGUUAGUGUGGUGAAGCUACAGAAUAUGUUUCAUGAGUACGAACGCACCAUCCAGAGAGAGAGAGACAGAUACAGCCGUCUGGCUGACAAGACCUCUCAACUGGACCAGGAACGCAAUGAGCUGAAGAUCCUGCUGGAUGCGAUCAGAGGCAGCAAGUCCAGCCUGGAACAUCUCAAACUGGAGCUGGAGACAGACAUGAACAAUCUCAAGUUCCUGCUGAGACAGGAGCAGGAGAAGCAUCAGAGUGCUCAGAUGCUGUACAGUAAAACCCGUGAGCAGCUUCAGAGGAAAGAGGAGCAACAGCAGGCGGAGGCCGAGGAGAGACACAAAGCUGAGCUGAGAGUCAGGAGUCUGGAUCUGGAGAUCAGAGCUCUGAAGAACAGCAUCAAACAGCUGGAGGAGGACAGAGAUGAGUCUCAGCGUCUCCUGUCUCAUGAGCGCAACGCUCGCGCUCUACAGGAGGAACUACUCAACAACCACCUGCGCAAGCAGCAUGACAUCAAGGAGGAUAACCUGCGAAACCUCAACAAGAGCAAUGAGGCCAUGUCCCAGCUAACUGAGGUUACAGAUCGUGAACGAGAGCUGCUGCAGCAAAAUCGAGGCCUUCAGGAUGAGCUGAACGGCACUCGGGUAGAGUUGGACCGCACUCAGUCUCAUAACCGGCAGGAGGAAUCAAGGCUGGCUGAGGAGAGAGAUGCCUUACGUGAGAAGCUUGAGGAUACUCGCAGGGACCUGAAACUGAGCGAAGAGGCCUUGGCACAGACCGUGUUCCAAUUCAAUGGGCAGCUUAGCACGCUAAAGGCUGAAUGCUCAAUGAUCACAGCUAAACUGGAGCAUGAGAGACAAGUGAGGCAGCAACUGGAGGUUGAGGCCGAGGCGAGCCGGGGGCGACUGCAGGGGGCGCUACAGGAGGCAGAGAGAUGUCAGGCAUCACGCACAGAUGCAGAGCGCACACUUCAGCGAGACCGCGAGGAACACCAGCGCGUGCAGGAAAAGCACAUCUUCGAGUCCAACACCCAACGGGACACCAUCCAGUCCCUCUCGCAGAAUCUCGGCAAAGCCGAGGCACGCGCUAACAGCCUGGAGAACGAGUGCCACCGCAGCGCCCUGGCCAUCGCCGAGAAAGGUGUCCUGUUGGAGACACUUGCCCGGGAGAAGGACCAAGCUCUGGCAAAACUCAAAGAACUGGAGGUGGCGAUGGUGAGCGAACGUGAACAGGCCAGCCGCGCCGGAGCCAAACAGGACGCCAUGCAGGAGAGACUCGCACAGGCUCAGAGUGAGAGCGCGCUACUACGACAACGACUAGAGGAGGCGCUCAACAAGGGGACGGCAAAGGAUAAGGCCGUUACAGAUGUGCACCAGAACUUCGCUGAGAUGCUAAACCAGUUACGCGCAGACGGAGAGGAGAGAGUCCACCUGGUGGAGGAGAGAAGCAAAGAGCUGGCGAAGUCGAACGGCGAGUUGAGAGAGCAGAACUAUAAACUAGAGCAAGAGAAAGCUGAGAGAGAGAGUUCUCUGAGACAGCUUCAGCAGGAAUUGGCCGACUGUUUGAAGAAGUUGUCCAUGUGUGAAGCCUCUCUGGAGGUCAAUACGCGAUACCGUAACGACCUGGAGGAAGAGAAGAGACGCACGCUCAAAGACAUAGACCGACUGAAGGGAAAGCUGCAAGAGUCUGAGGAACAGUACGUCCAGGCCGAGAGACGCAUCAGUAACCUAAAGAGCUCACUGGAUGAAAAGGAGCGAGAGGUGUGCAGUACUGCUCAGAAACUAGAGGAGGCGCUAACAGCUUGUACUGGAAAAGAGCAAACGAUUAAACAGCUUGAAGAGGCGGUGCAGAGGUUAGAGAUCGAGAAUGCCAGACUAGAGGCUACGGCCAAACAGCAGAGCAAUCGCAUUGAGGUGCUGCAGAAGGGAGUGCAGGAGGGUACUGUGCUAUCAGAUUCACCUGGAGAAGGGGUCAAAAAUCGUUUGGAAGAUCUCGUUUCAAACCUGCAGAGCAGUAAAAUGACUCUUGAAGAGCAGCUCAACCAAGAGGUGCAGAAGCAGAGCAUGCUAUCCCAUAAUGCCCAGGAUUCGCAGGUGCUGUGGGAGGAGGAGUUAAAGAGCCGCUCGCGACUGGGACUCCGCCUUUCUGAGCUUGAUAAAGAGAAAGGAGAACUGACCAAUCAGAUGGAGCUUGAGAAGAAAAAAGCUAAAAAGCUGUUAGAGCAGAAGAAGGCAGUGGACACUCGACUGGAGCAGGAGAUGCAGAGAAACACUGACCUUCAGAAAGAAAUGUACAGGUUGAAGACUCUGGUAAAGACGGCUAAGAAGCAACUGCGCGAACAGGGCGCUGGACAGCUGGACGCUCCUCUGGGCAGCUUGAGAGGAGACAGACGGGAGACGGAGAGCGCUGUCAGCAGAAUGAAGACUAAGGUGGAUGAACUUCAGUCUCAGUACGAGCGGGAGGCAUCGCGCUGCUCCCAUCUGGAGGAGGUGAACCGGCAGUUAAAGGAGAAGCUGGCAUCUGUGAAGAGUCUGAGCCGCAGUCAUGAGCAGCUGGAGCGCAGUAACAGGAUGCUGGAGGAGGAGGUGGCCCGUAUGCGCAGACAGCUGGAGUCUGGUGUGAUGGAUCAGAGUCAGGCCGAGCAGUAUCGCCGUGAGACAGAGGAGAGAGCGCGACAGGAGAUCAAGCACAAACUAGAGGAGGUCAACAUAUUCCUGCAGACGCAGGCCGCAUCUCAGGAAGCUCUGGAGCAGAUGAAAGCCGCUAACGAGGCCAGUCAGCGCACUCAGCUGGAGCAACGCAUCAGAGAUCUGGAGAGUGAAGUUAGUCGUGUGCGCAGCACUCAGCAGGACAGUCUGGUACAGAGAGACUCCAGCCGCAUUGAACUGGAACGAUACAAACAACUGUACAGUGAAGAACUGCGCCUCAGGAAUAGUCUGGCCUCUAAACUAGAGAGGUCUAAUGAGCGGUUAGCAGAGGCCAACGCUAAACUCCUGAGCGAGAGACAGCGUAGUAAAUCUCUGCUCACCAGCAGUAUAGUGAAUGGCGGUUUAGGAGGCCCUGCUCUGGAUGUGACUUCUCUAGGCUCUGUGGGGGCGUACGGGGCAUCUCUAGGGCCCCUGAACAGGAGUCUCGGCCUUGGGUCCCCUCUGCUGGGUAUGGUAGGGGACUCACAGGGCAGCCGUGUCGAAGCCUACCUGGCAAAGAUGCAAACAGAGCUGGAGAAAAAUAUAUCAAAAGAGCUGGACUACGUCACAGGGGAGUUGGAAGGAGGUUCUGCCCGUCUGUCUCCAGUGGGCUCGGCCUCUGGCUCUCACAACUUAAACCUUAACCUGACCCUGAAACAGCCGGAUGCAGUGAGCAGAGCCACUCAACAGUACCUGGAGGUGCUCAAGAAGAACUACAUGAUUUGACCCAGGGUCAGUCCAGA